GCGCCUCGGGCCGAGGCGGGGCGGCGCGGGGAUGCGGGCGCCGGGCCGCCGCGCGCGCUGGCUGUGCUGGUGGUGGGGGCUGCUGUGCGGCUGCUGCGCGCCCCCCGCGCUGCCCGGCGCGCUGGCCGCCGCGCCGCCCGCGCCGCCCGCGCCGCCCGCCGCCCCCGGCCCCCCGGCGCGGCGCCUGCGGACGCACGAGAAGCUUGAGAUGCAGCAGGAGAUCCUGGCGGUGCUGGGGCUCCCGCACCGGCCGCCCGCGCCCCCGCGCCCCGGGCCGCUGCCCUCGGCGCCGCGCUUCAUGCUCGACCUGUACCGCAGCCUGGCGGCCGCCGACGGCGCCGAGCGCGCGCGGCACGGGCUGGUGCGCGCGGGUUCCCCGGCGGGCGCGCACGGGAGCGCCUUCCUGCAGGACGCCGACAUGGUGAUGAGCUUCGUCAACCUGGUGGAGCACGACGAGGACCUGUCCCCGCGCCCACGCCACCACCGGGCCUUCAAGUUCAACCUGUCCCAGAUCCCCGAGGGCGAGGCCGUGACGGCCGCCGGGUUCCGCAUCUACAAGGACUGCGUGGCCGGCGGCUUCAAGAACCAGAGCUUCGUGGUCAGCGUCUACCAGGUCCUGCAGCCGCAGCCGCACAGGGAGCCCGCCCUGUUCCUGCUGGACAGCCGCCCGGUGUGGGCCUCCGAGGAGGGCUGGCUGGAGUUCGACAUCACGGCCACGGGCGACCUAUGGGUGGCCGCCCCUCAGCACAACCUGGGGCUGCAGCUGGGCGUGGCCACGCAGGACGGCCUGGGAGUCCACCCGCACGUGGCGGGCCUGGUGGGCAGGGCCGGCCCCGACGACAAGCAGCCCUUCCUGGUGGCCUUCUUCAAGGUGAGCGAGAGCCGCGUGCGCACGGCCCGCUCCGCGCCCCGCCGGCGCCCACACACUCGCUCCCGCCCGGGCACCGCCCAGGACACAUCCCGGGUCAGCAGCGUGGCCGAUCCCGGCAGCAGCGAGCUGAGAGCGGCCUGCAGGAGGCACGAGCUGUACGUCAGCUUCCAGGACCUGGGCUGGCAGGACUGGAUCAUCGCGCCCAAGGGCUACGCCGCCAACUACUGUGACGGGGAGUGUUCGUUCCCGCUCAACGCGCACAUGAACGCCACCAAUCACGCCAUCGUGCAGACGCUGGUGCACCUGAUGAACCCCGAGUACGUGCCCAAGCCCUGCUGCGCACCCACCAAGCUCAACGCCAUCUCCGUCCUGUACUUCGACGACAGCUCCAACGUGAUCCUGAAGAAGUACCGAAACAUGGUGGUGAGGGCGUGCGGCUGCCACUAGGACCCGCCCUGGCCCGGCCGGAUGGCCCCCAAGGCCCACCCAGAGCCGAUGGGUCUCGUGUCCUGCCUGGGGGGGGACACUGGGUCUCGCUCCUCAGAGAUGACGCUCUUGGCCAGACCACCACCCUGUGGAUUUCUUGGGUGUGGAGGGGACGCGCCCGGGCACUCAGGCCAGCUCUGGGGGGCCCGGGACCCCAGCUGAGUGGCCGCCUGGGAUCCAGGGCAGAACCUCGUGAGAGGGUGGAGCACCGUCCACGAACCCAAAUCCGUUUUUCUCGUAGGAACACAGCCGAAACUGUAGACUAUUUUUUAAACGUCUUUUUUCACGACCGUGUACUGGCAACCCGAUUUCAUGAUUAAAUGACACGUUUACGAGCUCUGCUGGCACGCACACCUUUCUUUUGGAAAUAUAGACGAGAGUUUAUUGUUUGUUUAUCACUGUUUCUGUCACGUU